CAAAGCUGGAUGAAGGUUAGUGUGGCGACGAAUGCCGGGAACAGCUGAUAUAAUGAGAAGUUCAUUCAGGGUCAGACCUUGCAAAAAAGAAACUCGACGAUUUUGAUUCUUGUUAUUAUAAACACCUGCAGUUAUACCAUUGGCGAAAAAUGUUUGGCGGUGCGGAUUGAUAGAGUUUGGCACGUUUCAAAGUGUAGAAUGUACUGCAUUAUAAAUGAAGUGAAACUCAGUAGCAUGAUAUAGCGAUACAUUGUUUUGGGAUGAAAUGUAUUUACUUCGGUGCUGGUCUGUUUAGAUAUAACGCACCCGCAGAAAUCAUUUGUCAGAUGGCACACAAGAGGAAAGAAUUACUUUGCAAAGGUGCAUGACUUUAUUCACCGUUACUGCAUCAUACACAGCAUUCUAUCAAUUAUAAGCUCAACCAGGGAUAUACACCGUCAUCUUCAGAUCAUAUCCAUGGACGGUCGGAUCUUAUUACUUGUCUGUUUACUUCAGGUGGUGGGAUCCAGUAACAUCAGCCAAAGGCAUGACUUUUUUGAUGUCAUUCUUAAUGACAAAUACGAUCCCAGGGUACCGCCAAUGAAUGAAGGUAAGCCUGUUUUGAACACUAUCCAGCUAUACAUACAAGGACUGGACUCCAUCAGUGACAGUACAAUGGAUUUUAAGAUGAGCUUCUUCAUUCGCCAGCGAUGGUACGACCACAGAUUGGCAUAUCAGGGGCGUUUCGAUUUUUCUAAAGUUGAGUUGGAUACAAAAGUCAUGUCCAAUAUAUGGGUCCCAGAUCUUUAUAUAAAGAAUGAGAAGAAGUCGGAAAUCCAUGCAGUGACUGUUCCAAAUAAACUGAUGCAUAUAUAUCCAGAUGGCCUGGUCGUAUACAGUAUUAGAGUAACAGGGACCUAUUCUUGCCAAAUGUACCUGCACAAAUACCCGCUAGACCAACAAACAUGUUCCAUACAGAUGGAAAGCUAUGGCUACAGUACAGAUACACUUACUUUUCAGUGGAAUGACACCCCACUCAUACGACGACCAAACUUAACGUUGCCGCAGUUCAGCAUUGGACACAUUACCAAUCAUUCAUGUGACGUCACGUAUUCAAACGGUAAUACGUCUGUAACUUUCACUUGUUUGGGUAUUGAUAUUGAGAUGAGCCGUAGUUACGGAUAUUACAUGAUUCAAGUGUACAUCCCCAGUUUCCUUAUCGUCUGCUUGUCUUGGGUGUCAUUUUGGCUGAACAUUGAUGCCGUUCCAGCUCGAAUUUCCUUGGGUUUGUUGACAGUACUAACUAUGACAACACAAAGUUCCGGAGCACGUGCCACCCUACCCCGUGUGUCUUACAUCAAAGCUAUCGAUAUCUGGAUGGCGACAUGUCUAUUGUUCGUGUUUGCUGCUUUGAUUGAAUUUUCUGUCGUCAAUGUGAAAACGAGGGUUCAGCAACGUAAAAGAUUAUCAUUGAAGGAAAUACCAUUACUUCUGCAUGCCAAGGAUGACGUCAGCAACGAAAAACCAAAAUUAGACAACAAAUGUCGAGACGAAGCAAGGCGUGUGGACAAACUCUCUAGAAUUGUCUUCCCCCUAGUUUUUCUGUGUUUCAACAUCAUAUAUUGGUUGGUUUACACUAUCUGGAUCCCGGAAAUACAAAAGCAUGACUGACAAUUUGAUGCUCCCAAAGUUCCUCAUUCCUGUUUACUGUUCCGCAACUUGACAGUGAGCCCAAAUUACAUAAUGUAUACCAUACGAAUUUAUAUAUAAUUAAUUGUAGUAAAUUCCCCGAUAUCUAUGCGUUUUUUCUACUUGCAAAUAUUACUUCUAUGUACAGUUUAACGUCUUCUCCAUAUACUACUUGUUUCAUAAAUUAUACUUCUUUUCUUAGAAUGUUAUAAAUAUAGUAUUGGCUACUAAUAAAAGUUUUCAUAGAGUAACU